CCUUUCUUGAAAUUUAUUCACAUCCCAUUUGUCUUUUUUUUCUCGACAAAAACUGCUCUAUAUCUUGUCAUGACGAUCAAGACGGAUCGCGCCUUCUAUAAGAAAACAAAGGGAAAUGCUAUUAUUAAGCUAGUUCGAGAGCAAUAUUUGCGCACUGACAUACCUUGUUUAUCAGAAGCAUGUUCUCGCUGUCCUAACGAAGGUCAACAGGCCCUUCUAAGUGUAGCUGCAGACCAUUACAUUAUUCCUGAUAUUUCGGUAUUUCUGUUUCCGUCAUUUAUCUAAAUACAGCAAAUGUAUCUAAACGUGUUCUAUAUGAUAGGUUAUCAUGCGAUACCUAGAAAUUUUAGAGCAGGAUGAAAUAACGGGAAUCAUUUUAAGUCAAACUGUUACUAUCAACCUUCAACAACAUGAUAAACACAAAACAUAUCGAAAACUUCGACAAAUAACCAAUGAUUCGAGAAAGAAAAGCGUCAUGUUUUACAAUGAAGUUUUUAAAGAAACAAAGAUACUACGCUCACCAGACGAGACAGGUGCUAGCCGUGAUUGGAAAGCCCUUUGUCAAUUGGCUCGUUGGUAUGAUGCUCACCUACAGCAUAAAAAGAAAAUCAUCUUACUUUCAGAAUCACCUCAUGAUACACCAAACGAUGUAAAUGUCAUGUCAGUCAAGCAAUAUUUAGACACCUAUUGGAGAAAGAACCACUUGUUACAGAACCUUGUUCAAGCAUUGGCUGAUAUUGUCUUAGAAGACAAUGAUGAUGGACGCAUCCGAAUUACAUCAAAGCACUCGAAUGGAGAAAGUAACAAUAGCGCGGCUGUGGCAGGAUAUAAAGAGUAUAAGCCCAUGGACGAAUUGGAAGUUGGGAUCAAGUCAGCUCGUUAUUUCUCAGGUACUUUACGUUGCAGAAAAGAUAGUCGAGAUCAAGCCUAUAUAAGCCAGCACGGUAAAGACAUUCUGAUUAUCGGUAACGAAAAUAGAAAUCGUGCAGUACACGGAGACAUUGUUGUUGUAGAGCUAUUGUCAGAGAAUGAUUGGACAGUACCAUCAAAUGAAAUAGCAUUCAGCAGUAGUAAUGCAGAAGAUGAAUAUGAAGAAGAUAGAUUUGUCAGUGGCAUUUCAUCAAACCAACCUACUGGCAGAGUCGUUGGUAUUCUUAAUCGUAACUGGCGAUCUUAUGUUACUACGAUUCAGGAAGAUAGUGUGGAAACCGGAGGCUCUAUUCAUUUAGCAAUUCCUUUGGAUCCUGUUAUUCCAAAAAUUAGAAUAAGAUAUCAUGAUGUGAAGAUGAUUGAAAAACAACGUAUUGUUGUUCGAAUAGACAAUUGGCCAAUCUCUUCUCAAUAUCCAAAUGGUCAUUUUGUACGAUCUUUAGGUCCAAUUCAUCAAUUAGACACUGAAGUAUCUGCCAUUUUGGUAGAACAUUCCAUCUCUGUAUCCCAAGCUACUCAAGGUUUUAGUGAAGCGUCUUUAAAUGAGAUGCCAAUAGAUACGCCUCAACAACCAUGGAGACCAUCAAAGGACGAGAUUGAAAGGAGAAGAGAUUUGAGGAACCUCACGGUUUUUAGUAUUGAUCCUCCUAAUUGUCAAGAUAUUGAUGAUGCACUUUCUGUAAAAGAACUUGAUAAUGAUAGAAUUGAACUUGGUGUACAUAUUGCAGAUGUGAGCUAUUUCGUAAAAGAAAAUUAUAUGACUGAUCUCGAAGCAAGAUCAAGAGGUACUACGGUUUAUUUGGCUGAUCGAAGAUUCGAUAUGCUUCCUUCGGUCCUAAGUGAACGAGUUUGUUCUCUCCGACAUAAGGUUGAUCGUUAUGCCGUUUCAGUUAUUUGGACUAUGGAUAAAAAUCACAAUGUGAUAGACACUUGGUUUGGUAGAACUAUCAUCAAGUCAAGUUGUGAAAUGGAAUAUGAGCAAGCACAACAACUGCUUGAUGGAAAACAGACGGCUACAGGUUUAGACUCCUCCUUAUGCAAAAAACUGAAGCCAAGUGUAAUCAAGCUUGCACAAGUACUUCGUGUGAUUAGAAAAAGAAGAUUAGCAAAAGGUGCCUUGGAAUUAGAAGGUUCAGAAGUCAAGUUCAAAAUCACAGAUAAACAUCAAAUUACAGAUAUCAUUCCCAAAGAUAGUAUGGAAAUUCACGGACUGGUGGCAGAAGCAAUGAUUCUAGCAAAUGCUUCAGUGGGCAAAAGAAUAUAUGAUGGAUUUAAAGACACAGCUAUUCUUAGACACCACCCUCCUCCUUCAGCAAAACAGUUUGAGAGGCUAGUCAAAGCAGCAAAAAGCAGAGGGUUUUCAGUUGAUUUUUCAUCAAACAAAGCACUAUCCAAAUCAUUGGAAGAAAUCACCCAUGGAUGCAAAGACAAUGUAGAGAUUGCAAGAUUACUCAAGACAAUGGCAACAAUUGCUAUGAAUGAAGCGGGCUAUAUAUCUUCUGGUCAUUAUCCUGUUAAUGAAUACUAUCAUUAUGGUCUUGCUCUCGAAUUCUAUACUCAUUUUACAUCACCUAUUCGUCGAUAUGCAGAUAUUAUUGCACAUAGACAAUUGCUCAUGUGUGUUCAAGAUCCAACAACAGUCAAAGAUGCUCAAGAGCGUGGUUCUGUCAUGUUCAAGGAUAGAACUAUUUCUGACAUCUGUGAUAAUUUGAACCACAAGUCAAGAGAGUCCAAGUUUGCUCAAAGAGAUUCUACUGAACUAUUUCAAAGUCUGUAUGUGCUUCAAAACACUACGGACGAAACUCCUCUAAUAGAAACUGGUGUUAUUUCAGAGAUCAGAUCGAAUGGCUUUUAUGUCUUUGUGUCAAGGCUUGGAUUAAAGGGCCCUGUUUAUCUCAAAAAAAGAGAUGGCAAACCUCAUGUGCCUCUUUCUUUGAUCUCUAGCAAAAGCUCAAUGGAUGAAGAUGAAAGUAUACCUAACUGUAGUAUUGAGGUCAAUAUGCCUACCAAUAUCAAGGUUGUUUCCGCUGAUUUGCCUCACCCUAUUGAUUUCAAUCUGUUUGAUCGAGUUCGAGUCUCACUUAAGCUUCGUAAAUCGCAUGCUCAUCGCCAUAUGGUCUAUAUGACACUUGUGGACUUUGAUCAUGCUGAAGUCCAUAACAAGGAAACAGUCCUACCAAACCGCUUAACAAACGCAGAAUUGAUCCAGGCCAUUGAAAAAAAAGAAGAAGCAUCCAAAUUGAAUGAGGCAAACAAAAAGCCUAGCAGUAGAAAAAAGAAACAAGCUUCAUCUUCCAUGUAUGAUGUGCUGGAAAAGUUUAGGAGGAUGUCCAUUAUUCAAGCCACUCAAGCUGCAGAAUAAUAAUAAUAACAAUAAUAAAAAAUGCUGAGCCAUUUUAUCGUGUGACUCAAACGAUU